AUAUUAUAAUUCUCUUUGGCCUAAGAGAAUUAUAAUGUCAAGUGUGGAUUUAAAUUGAUUUAAAUUUAUAAAUAUAAAAGAAAAUAAUAUUGAAAAAAUAAACAUAAUCUUUGUGUGAACUUUCAUAGUAUACACCGCUAUGUCUACAAACAACUUGAAAUUAUUGUGCACCAAAUUUAAUAACUUGAAAAUAAACUAUGUUAUUACACGAACAGCAAGUAAUUGGAAGCCUCCCAAGUAUCGCCCUCCUUACUGGUACAUGCCAAAGGAAAGAGUGUUAACAGAAGACAAUCUUACGCAAGAUAAUAGAAUGUUUAUCAAAGAAAUUAUUCAAGACAAGCUUCAAGCUCAAGCAGCCAUGGAGUCACCAUUAGAAAAUAUUUCACAAACUGAAACCAUGCAAUGGACUCCUGGCAAAAAACGUGUGGGUCUUAUAGCUCGCAAAAUUGGGAAUUAUCCAAUGUGGGAUAAGGAUGGGAAAAAAGUGCUUACAACAUUGCUUCAGGUGAUCGAUAAUCAUGUCAUAAAAUAUAUUCCACCUGAGAACUUCAAACCAAUGAUACAUAAAGUAAAACAACCCCAAGAACACAGGAGACUGGGUUGCAUGCUUGUUGGUGCAGAAAAUAUAGACCCUAGUACUGUAACUAAAGAUUAUUGUGGAUUAUUCAACAGUGUUGGCAUGCUGCCAAAACGACACUUGUGCAGGUUUAUGGUAUCUCCUGAAGCUGCUUUACCCACUGGCACACCAUUGUAUGCAACACAUUUUAGAGUAGGAGAUCAUAUUGAUGUCAGAGCGAAAACAAUCGAUCGAGGUUUCCAAGGUGUCAUGAAAAGAUGGGGUUUCAAAGGAAUGCCGGCCAGUCAUGGUGUGACUAAAACGCAUAGGAGGCCUGGUAAUAUUGGUGCAGGUGGUGAAAAAGCUAGAGUCUGGCCUGGCACUAAAAUGCCAGGCAACAUGGGCAAUAGGUGGAGAAUAACUCGCGGUGUUAAAAUUCUGCGCAUCAAUACGAAACAUAAUAUAAUAUGGACUUUAGGUGUUGCUAUUCCGGGAGAGACAGGGGCAAUGUGUUACUUGUUUGAUACAGUACUUCCACUGAAAAAACACAAGACUUCCCCACCUUUCCCAACACAACCCCCAUUGGAUAAUUUGCCGCUGGAAUAUUACGACGAUUCAAUACAUGAAUUUGAAUCACCCACUAUUUCGUUCGAAGAAAUAUAGACAAUAAGUGUAAAUAAAAAACUAGAUUUUUAGUUCAAUGAA